UUUCUAUUUUUGAUUUUUGCAGGUUAGUGUCUGGAGCUGGAGACAUCAAAAUAACAAAAGAUGGAAAUGUUCUUUUACAUGAAAUGCAAAUUCAACAUCCAACAGCUUCGUUAAUUGCUCGAGUAUCUACUGCUCAAAAUGAUAUUGUAGGAGAUGGAACAACAUCUACGGUGUUGAUCAUAGGAGAAUUACUUAAACAAGCAGAUAUGUAUAUUUCUGAGGGUCUUCAUCCACGAAUUCUUACCGAAGGCUUUGAUUUAGCAAAAACUAAAGCAUUGGAAGUUUUGGAUCAAAUGAAAAUUACUCAAGAAAUGGAUAGAGACAUGCUAGUAAAUGUUGCAAGAACAUCGCUUCGCACUAAAGUGCAUACUGAAUUGGCUGAUCAUUUAACUGAGGUGUGUGUUGAUGCUGUCUUAGCUAUUCAACAACCAAAUACACCAAUUGAUUUGCAUAUGGUUGAGAUCAUGGAAAUGCAACACAAAACUGAACAAGAUACUUCUCUUAUUCGUGGUCUAGUUAUGGAUCAUGGUGCACGUCAUCCAGACAUGAAGAAGCUUGUUCGAAAUGCAUACAUUUUAACUUGUAAUGUCUCUCUAGAAUAUGAGAAGAGUGAAGUGAAUUCAGGAUUUUUUUAUAAGUCUGCUGAAGAAAGAGAGAAGUUAGUGAAAGCUGAACGUCAGUUUAUUGAAAAUCGUGUUUACAAAAUAAUUGAAUUGAAGAAAAAAGUUUGUGAUGGAACUGAUAAAAAUUUUGUUGUGAUAAAUCAAAAGGGUAUUGAUCCCAUGUCAUUAGAUCUUCUUGCUAAAGAAGGAAUAGUUGCUCUUCGUAGAGCUAAAAGAAGAAAUAUGGAAAGAUUAGUUUUGGCUUGUGGUGGUGUUGCUGUUAAUUCCGUAGAUGAUCUGACACCAGAAUAUCUUGGAAAAGCAGGAUUGGUAUAUGAACAUGUUUUAGGAGAGGAAAAAUAUACUUUUGUUGAAGAGCUUGAAAAUCCUCAUUCGGUUACAAUCCUUAUAAAAGGUCCCAAUAAGCAUACACUUGUUCAAAUCAAAGAUGCAGUUCAUGAUGGACUGAGAGCUGUAAAAAAUGCAAUUGAAGAUGGAUGUCUAAUACCAGGAGCAGGUGCAUUUGAAGUAGUUACUAACUCCGUUUUAACUGAAUAUAAAUCUCAGGUAGAUGGACGAGUUCAACUUGGUAUUCAGGCAUUUGCCGAUGCCUUAUUGAUAAUUCCCAAAGUUUUGGCAACUAAUGCUGGAUUUGAUCCUCAAGAAGUUAAAGUGAAACUACUUCAAGAAUAUGCAAGAACCAAACAACCAGUGGGAUUAGAUAUUAAUACAGGUGAAGCAAUCAUUCCGGCAGAUGUAGGAAUUUUAGACAAUUAUAGAGUGAAGAGACAGUUACUAAACUCAUGGUAACUAUAAUUUUAAUGGUUUUCAUUUCUGUUUUUAAUUUAAUUGAAAUUGUUUUGCUGUCCUUUUUUAAUAGAUUA